ACUUGGAAACGAGCGAUCAGUCGCGCGGCGGUACCACUGGCUACUAUUAGGAAAAGGAUCGCUGAUAAUUAGCAUUUUAAUUUGCACAGCAGUGAUUUCUCCAUAUCGCUUUCUAUCCUCGCUCUCUACGAAAGGUCUGGUAUUCUUGAUUGCGCGAGAGAUAUCAUCAGAGAAAUGGAACGGAAAGUGAUAAUGAUAUGGAACGGCCGAAACAUUUUAUUGGUCUUUUGCUUUUUUGUCACGUUAAUUAUCCUCACAUCGGCAUACGAUCCAGAGGACAAGUCCCUGAAGGAUAUUCUCUUGCCGGAGGGUCAGUUCGAGGCGUUUUAUUUGAAAGGCACGCAAGACGAGGAGCAAAACGCCGUGAGACCGCCCCAUCUUCACGGAUCCUUCCAUCAAUAUCGAAAUCCCGCGCUGGUUGACGCGCCCAACAGCGCGGCGUAUGGAUUUCGUUUCGACGGGAAACGCCGUUUCAACUUCAGUUGAAGUAUCGUGAAUAAUUAAUAAAAUCAAAACGAAGGAACAUUGAAUAUGCCAGAAGCAUUACCGACGCUUUCAUCACGAAUUGCGGUUAUCGUUGAAAUAUGGAGAGCAGGAAUGCGUGGAUGUCUGGCAGUUAGCGGUUAAAGCGAUUUGCAUCAUUUUGUUUAGUCAAGCGUACAAACUGAAAGUGUUUAUGCAUAAGAAGAUUUCACAUGUAUCAUUUUCUUUAAAUAAAAACCGCGAAUUUACAAUUA